AUGUGCACUAGGUAUAAGCCCAUCGAUUCGAACGUCAAACGCAAUCGCUUUGCUAACUCAACGGAGGCCCAGACGCUUCGUGCCGUCAUCCGCCAAAACGACAGCCUCAUUCAUCACCUCAAUCACGAGCUCAAUAUUGCAGAGAGGACGAGAGCCGAGAUUCUCGCUCGCCAUUCAGCUGCAGUCACUCAGUUUGAAGCCGCCAACUCGGAGUUGCACGCGACUAAGACCUACAUUUCCAACAUAAAAAAGCAGAAGUCGCUUCUGUCCUCUCGAUCUUGCGAACUCAGAGGAAUUCUGAGCCCCCUUCGUCGUUUCCCUCCUGAAAUCCUCAGUUACAUCUUCACUCAUGCCGUGUGUGCUGAUCCUAUGGAUUCUAUUGUCGUAGCAAGUAAACUCUCGCAGGUUUGCGCUGCUUGGCGUCGAGCCGCCUUGAACUCGUCCAAUCUAGUCCAGCACCCACAAAUUACCAGCCUUUCCAUCGCAUCCGACAUUCCUCUCUUGUCCAUCUCGGAGAUUCUCCCAAGCCUUCCCAUGCUACGCAUCUACGGAUCAGCCCAAGUAUCACAGCUCUAUGAAUGGGACGAGAACACCGCCACCAUACCAAUUUUCAGUCGUCUACAGACUUUGAUCAUCAAGGGCUCUCGAUGGGGACUGGAUGCAGAGGCCGCUCAACUCCUCAUCGAGCGCCGUUGCCUCGCCAUUGGACGUCCUAAACGUGUCAACUGUCCAGGAAGGAAGGACCUGGCACCGUUGAAGCAAACAACACUUGUGAUGGAAGAGGAGGCUCGUUUGGGAACAUGGAAAGAUUGUGAGCUUUUGACGCUGGCAGAGACAAGUAGCGUUGAAAGAAAGUUCGACCCCAAAACUGAGGAAGAAUUGGUCUACUACAGAUACACCUGGGCGUCAUCGCUUGAUCGGGCCUCCGACUCGUAA